ACACAAGUCAGGAAAUUGUUUCACUCGGAGGACUGAUUUUAAGGAAACUAAGCCGGAUUCUUGUUGCGGUUUCCUAUAUACAUGUAUAUUAAUCGUGGUACUGAGUUGAUGUCUGAUCAGAAUGGAUGUUCAUGCUACUGCAGGAACUUCUAUCUGUGGGAGGGAAGUCGGUGGUUGAUGACAAAUCUGCAUUGGUUCGAAUCAUUGGAGGGUCCAGGCAUCGAGAAUGCUACGAACAAGCAUAUUGCAGAAGGUUUCUUCUCCCACAUUGAACGAGAUGUGCUGCUUUGUCCCAUUUGACUGCAGCAUACAGAAAAGAUGGAAGAAACCAGUGGAUUCUGCACAAACUCGUCUGGAGAACAGAACAAGAGAUCUCAAGCUUGACAAGCUGAUGAAUCAGUUGAAGAAGCUAAGGUCGGUAAUGGGAGUUCAUGAGCUAAUGGCAAAACGUAGGGGUCACUACACAUCCGUUCAGCUCCUCUCUAGAUGGAAACACAUGGUUGGCUUGAAUACAGAAAUAGGUGACUUUCUUCACAAGUAUCCCCAUAUUUUUGAGACGUACAUUCACCCUGUUAAGAAGAAUCUUUGUUGCAAACUCAGCCAAAAGAUGAUCGAUUUGAUUGCGGAGGAAGCUAGGGUCAUUAGAGCAUCUGAAUUCACUGUUGUUCAGCGUUUGAGGAAGCUUCUGAUGAUGUCAACUCUUGGAACGUUGAACCUCCAUGCACUAUGGCUUUCAAGGAGGGAGUUGGGAUUGCCGGAUGAUUUCAGGGAUUCAGUGAUUCCAAAGUAUCCAGAUUGUUUUAGAGUUGAACUUCCUGAUACCUUGGUACUCAUCUCUCGAGAUGCAAGUUUGGCUGAAGCUGAGAUUGAGAAAUGGAGGGAGAAAGAGUACAGAGAGAAAUGGUUGGGUGAGCACGAAACCAAGUAUGCUUUUCCAAUUCAGUUUCCUACAGGUUUUAAGAUCGAAAAAGGAUCGAGAGAAAGGCUGAAGAACUGGCAGAUGCUUCCUUACACAAAGCCUUAUGAGAAGAAGCAUGUUAUCAGGAUUUGCAAUGUUCUGCGUUUUGAGAAAUGUGCUGUCGGCAUUCUUCAUGAAUUUCUGAGUUUGACAAUGGAGAAGAUGGUUGAGGUCGAAAGGUUGUCGCAUUACAGAAGAGAUUUUAGCAUGGAAGUUAAUGUGAGGGAGCUCAUUCUUAAGCACCCAGGCAUAUUUUACAUCUCCACCAAGGGGAGCACCCAAACCGUGUUUCUUAGAGAAGCUUACAGCAAAGGUUGUUUGAUUGAGCCCAACCCUGUUUAUGCAGUACGAAGGAAAAUGUUGGACCUGGUUUCGCUGGGAUGUAGAAAUACCAACCAGAAGCGACGACUGGAGCAACUUGAUGAGCGAUGCGACAAGCAAUAUAAUGGAGAUCUGGUUGCUCAGAUGGCAGAAUGUCAUGAUGAAGAACAUAUCAUGGAGGAUCUCUGCAGCAGCAGUCUUCACGCUGAUGAGGAAGAUGCAGAGUGAAACUUGGGCAUGGGCGAGGAGAACGCAAGGUAGUUUGAAGCUUCAAAAUAGCUUAUUCCCUGUGUGAUUUUGCUCUGUUUGCAAAACAUGAUUUAAUCAGUCCAACGGAGCUUACAAUUUUGCCUUUGAAGAGUAAGCCGAAGCAGUAAUAUAGUAUGAUCUUGUCAAUUUGAUUAGCGGACUGGAUGCCUUGUACCCAGUGUAUCAUAGGGUGGACGUCAUAGCUCCAUUGAAAUAUACUCUGUUCAAUAUUUUUUA